GCAUAUGCAAUCUUGAUAUCGCACAAUACCCCUCCAGUUUUCCUCCAUGGGUGUUGACAUCCCUGCACUUUUGGAUUGUAUUUAAAGGUGCGUUAUUUCCCGCAUCAAAUCAAUCUCCUGUUGAGUUUUGAGCGACGACUUGCCAAAGGACUACGAACAGAAGACUUGAAAACCCCACCAAAUCGUGUAAUCAUCAUGGGAGAUCAGGAACCCACACGAAAGAGUAGUCCCGAGAGUGGGAAGAGCAGCCCCCGGACGGUAGCGAGCUCCGAUCACGGCGAGAUCCCCGCAAUUGAGCCUGAUGAAGCUGAAUUUAACGACGGUGAUUCUGCCAUUGAGACUGCAUCCACUGGCAGCAGCACCACAUCGCUUGCUUCCAGCAUCGCCAAAUAUCGCAUGGAGAACGGCCGCACAUAUCAUACGUACAAGGAAGGAUCCUACCACUUGCCGAACGACGAGAUAGAAAACGAGCGACUAGAUUUACAACACCAUCUCUGUUUUCUAACUUUCAACAACAAACUCUUCACAUGUCCAGCCGGCGUGGAUAAGCUUUUGAAGCGUGUCCUGGAUGCUGGUUGCGGAACAGGCGCGUGGGCCAUGGAUAUGGCGGAUGAACACCCUGAGACAGAAGUCAUCGGCGUAGAUCUGAGUCCAAUCCAGCCUACAUUGGUGCCACCCAAUGUGACCUUCUUGGUCGAUGACUUGGAGGCAGAGUGGACUUAUAGUCAGCCAUUGGACCUUAUUUACCUCCGCUUCCUAGUAGGUUCCGUUUCCGACUGGGAUAAUCUGAUCCGCCAGGCGUUUCAGAAUCUCUCCCCUGGUGGAUGGAUCGAAACCGCCGAUGCGGUGUACCCCCUGGCGUGCGACGAUGACACCGUUACGGAGGAUCAAGCUGUCUACAAGUGGAGCAACCUGAUGAGAGACGCAGCAGCCAAGGUUCACCCAGGACGGAGCCUGGACGGAUCCAUGGAGCUGAAGCAGAAGAUGAUUGACCGCGGGUUCACCAACGUUACUGAGAAGUGGUACAAAUGGCCCAUGAAUAGCUGGCCGAAGGAUCCCAAGUUCAAGGAACUUGGUGGCUGGACUCUGGAAAACGUGCUCAGCGGGCUUUCAGCCUUGAGUCUGGCGUUGUUCACACGCGUUCUAGGUUGGACGUGUGAGGAAGUUGAAUUGUUCCUGAUUAAUGUCAGGCAGGAUUUGAAGAACAAGAACAUCCACGGCUACUGGCGAAUUCUUGUUGUAUCUGGGCAGAAGCUGGAAUAAAGGGAUCAAGUUUGCUAUUUUAAGUGACUGUAUUCUUUCUUUUGUCCAGGUUUCUAGCGCCGUUCUUGCUUGCUCAUAGUAUGGUAUGGCUUUGCUCCAUUUUGCUAGAACAUGGAAGGGACCAGCCGGAGAGGCAAUAAUUGGGUUUUUGACUGGAGUGGAAGCUUGAAUGGAAUUAUACCUACACUUCCUAGAGUUGAAAUAGGCCAAAGAGCAAUCCGAAUGUUGAAUUGAAAUGUUUCCUUUCU